AUGGCAAAUGUACGGAGUAUCAUUGAGAAAGCGAACAUAGACUAUCUUGUCCUGGACAAAGGGGUCUAUAAUCACUAUAUAGCGCAUGGUUGUCGAAUCUUACAAGACCUCCUGGACCAGGUACUUGAGAACUACUCGACUAUGGGAAGAGGCUAUUACCGCACUUCCGAUGUCGGGGUUCACACAAUAGUUACUUAUACUUAUAAUAAGUGCUGGAUACGACACGCGAACAGCCAAGUUCGCCGACUAUCCUAUCUAGCUUUGGCGUACCCGAACCAAAGCCCAAAUGAUCUCGUUAGAAGAGGGCGUUUUAUGGGAGAACGGUUCGGGCAGGUGAUGCAAUUCAUAAGGUAUAGAUUGUUACUCUGGCUUGCCCUUCUCGUUACUCCCAACUCAGCACUAGGAGGCUGCACUGCAAUGGAGGAUGUCGUUUGCAUUAGCAACGCAUUGCACGCGGCCCUCAACCUACACCCAAACAAGAAACCGUCAGAUGUUGAGAUUAGCACCGGUCGUAGGGAACGGGGAACGGGGUCAUCACUGCCAAAAACAAGGAGGUUCCCUUACACCUGGCGUGCACCUCUUGAUCUUGCAGGAACCAAAACCACGGAGAUGAUAUUAGUACUUGUCAAGCCGAAGCCCAGUCACCUCCUGCUGCUGGGAGCCGUGGGCAUUAUCUCCAUAUGGGGCUUCAUUGGAUACUGGGGUGGCAUGUUCGAUAACUUUGAUGCUAUUGUUGCUUCCUCUAAAGUUCGUGUUCACCGGGGAUUUGGGCGACGAGCGGCAAUUCGCUUCAAGCGUUAUAUAAGGACAACGGGGAUGCCGUCAUUGCUCCACGAGCGGGCGUUGAUGUGGAGAUUGCUCAUUAGCAUAAAGAAUACUAUUAUCGUGCACGUUAGAUUCUAUAGUAGAAGAGCUAUACAUAAUAAAUCUUCUAGUGAUAGUCGAAAUCAGCUUCUCCCAAUUUCUAAUAUUCUGGAGGCAGAGAUAGAAUAUAUCUCAAAGAAGCCUUCAAGGUAUGGAAAGACGGAACGCAGGCGCGCAAUAAUGAUCUCCGUCCUCAUCAUCAAGCUCUUCAGACCCUUCUUUAUAUCCACUUUUUGGAAUAAAAUACGCACUUUUCCUUCUAUCCACUGUUUAAAAUACAUAGACUUCUAG